CGCCAUCAGGGGGGCACAGGGGGUGCAGUUGUACCGGGCCCGGCGGAUUCUGACUUGUCAAGGGGGCCCGGCCGUGCUGCUAACUUCUUCGGGCCCCUUUAAACCAAGUUUCAUAUUCUGAUUGGUUGCGCCCCGUGCGUACGUGACGUCAGUACGCACGGGGCGCAACCUUAUAAAAGGGCCUGUCGCCGGUCGGCUGAAGACAGAACAGAAGAGGAACCGCUCCGGAGGCAUCGCUGGAGGAAUCGCUGGAGGAGCCCGAAGCUGCCGAGGAGCCCGAAGCUGCCGAGGAGCCUGCCCUGAAGCCAAGCGAGGAGGAGAGGAGAAGGCAAAGAAGAUCCAGAAAAGAAAGUGUAUAGGAGCUGGACAGGUACCGUGCAACGCAAGAACGCAGUGGGAGUGGUGCAGCUGUCAUUCAUUUCUCAGCCUGGAAGCCCCCUGCAGAAGAGAAGUGAAGACAACAGCAGGUAAGUAGUUUUUUUUUUUUUUUUUUUUUAUUGCGCUUGCUAUUUUUGGUUUGCAGCUGUGGUCCUUGGCUUUAAUAGUAAUAUAUCCUCUUGGUGUUUAUUGUGGCCAUUGUAUCAUAACAGUUGUAUUUUUGUAAUGUUUCAUUUCUUUGUAUAGUUUUGCACUUUAGUUCUAAUCACUUGAAUUGGUUUUGCUUUUAUUUAAGUUAUUUAUCUGCACUUAUCUGGCUGUUUUUGGUGUUUGGUUUCCAUUUUUUUUGGCUUUGGUUUUGGUAGUUUCCCUUUUUUAGGUUUUUCAUUUAAUUGCUUAGCUACUCUCUAGCACUUACGGCUGUAAACGAAAACAGUUGCACUUUAUUUUUAUUUUGCUGUGUGUUUUGUGAUACUUUGGUGUUCUCUUUACAGUUUGUUUUUUUGCUCCAAUUUUGGUAGUUACCCUUUUUAGGUUCUUUGUUUACAUUUAUAAAAAAGUUGCACUUUAUUUUCAUUUGGCACUUUACUCUGUGUUUUGAGAUACUUUGGUGUGUGUCAGAUUUUUUGGUUUCUACCUUGCAAAAUUUGCACUUGAAUUCAUUUGCACUACUUUUGGUUUCAUUUAUUUUAUUUAGCUUUAUUUUGCACUUAAUUUUUGGCAUCCAUAUUUAAGUAAUUACGUUUCUGCUGCUUUUUGUACUUGCCUUUGUGUCCAUAAUUUUUGCGUAACCUUUUUUGCGGUGUGUGAAGAGGUAUAUUGGUUGCACUUUUCUAACAAACAAGUGGGCUCCAUCCCCUUCAUUUUGAGUUAAAAGGUUUAAGGACUUAACACACCAGGAUGUAUCACCAUAAGUCUGGAUCUCAGAAACGCAAGCAGAAGCGAGAGAGAGAGCAAGAAGAUGAAAGGAUGAAAAACAAGAAACCAUUGCUCCAGUUCUUCAAAAAAUCAAGUGACCGUGAUGCAGGGGAAGAUUGUGUGGAUGCUGGCAAAGUCUCUUCUGGAAUAGUGGAACAGGACAAUUUUUGCAACACUGGAGCAAUUGACAGUACGUCUUCAAACAGUGUUUCCUGUAACAAGACUUCCAGUCCCACUACUUGUGCAGAAGUUGAAGAAAGUGCUUCCUGCCGCAUCUCUAAUGUUACCGAAGUCACAUUGAUAGAAGAAGGUAUGUCAUGUAGUCUGUCAAGCAUCGGUGCCAGUGAGUCCUUUGAAAGUCUUGGAAGUUUAGAAGGUGUAAACUGGAAAGACCCUGCAUUUUGGCCAGACACUCUGAGAAGUAAAGCUAGAGAGUGCAUUGUUCUUGCUGGAUUAAUGAGUGAAGAAGAGCUGUUGAAAAUGGUGCAGUAUUUGCCCAAGGAUUGUGACGGCCAAGCCUUUAGUGAGUUUCACUUGUAUUCAAAAUCAUCAAAUGGAUGUGAAAAGAUCCUAAGGGAUUGGCUUAGAUGGAGUGAUGGUAAGAAAGCCUUGUACUGUACACCGUGUCUUGCUUUUUCAUCAGACUCUAGCAGUAAGACAGGAAGUGUCCUGUGCAAGAAGGAAGGGUUUGAUCCAACAAAAUCAAAGUGGCACAAAUUGUACAAAAAAUUACCAGAACAUGAACAUUCUGCGCAGCACAGGAAGAACUACUGGAGCUGGAGAUGUCUUCAGAAGUCUAUGGGUGGACAUGGUGUUGACAAUGACAUGCAAAGAACUUUGGCAAGGGAAGCUGAAAAAUUCACAGUGCUCCUGGAGAGGCUUCUUGAUGUAACAUUAUUUCUUGCUUCAAGGAAUUUGGCAUUCAGAGGUAGUUCACAAAGAAUUGGAGACAUACACAAUGGGAAUUUUCUUGGUAUUCUAGAGCUUGUUAGUCAUUAUGAUGCUGAACUAAGAGAACAUCUGGACAAAGUUAAGAGAAGCCAAGAAAAAGGAAAAAAGCUUCCUGCUCACUAUUUAUCAUGGGGGACCCAGAAUGAAUUCAUUAACCUGUGUGGACAACAUGUUCUGAAUGCCAUACUAUCUGAAAGGCAAGAGGCUAUCUACUUUUCCCUGAUAUGCGAUGCAUCACCAGAUAUUUCUCACACCGAACAAAAUGUCAUUGUUCUUCGCUACGUUCACAGAGACUCUCGGAGUGGAAAUUGGUGCAUUCAAGAAAGAUUUCUUGAAUUUUUUGAUUUUUUUCAGAAGACUGGAGAUGAAAUUGCAGGAAUGAUAACAUCAAGAAUGCGUGAUCACAAUAUUGACCUUAAAGACUGCAGAGGGCAAGGGUAUGAUAAUGGAGCCAACAUGUCUGGAAGAAUUAAAGGAGUAAAAUCCAGAAUCCAGGAGAGGUAUCCAGAAGCUAUGUUUUGCCCCUGUGCUGCACACUCAUUAAACCUUGUUGGUGUACAUGCAGCAUCCAGCUGUCCAGAAGUAAAGACCUUUUUUGGAAGUGUGAACAGACUGUACAUUCUGUUUAGUAACAGCCCUGAAAGGUGGCAUACCCUGACUGAGGAAAUUGCAGGUUCACUGCAUGGUCUAAGUGACACAAGGUGGAGUUCAAGAGUUGAAGCAGUUCGUCCUGUUGCUAAGAAACUCCCAAGCAUUCUUCGAGCUCUUGAAAGGUAA